AUGAGCCCUCGCGAGACCUUCGCUCCGGACUCGCGCAAGGCCACGACCGAGGCACCUUCUGCCCAUGAGACCGGGAUGAUCGACACCUCGGCGGCGGCUGGCCUACAAGCACAGCCUGCUUCAGACCAAGAUAUCGAGUCGCGAGACGUUGCAGGCCCCGCCCACCGCGAUCAGCCCAACGAGGAGGACAGCGCAAGCGCCAACCCGGCAAGCACCAUUUCCGUAGAAUCCGACGACUCGACUGGAGGCACCGAUAUUUUCUUACAUCGCACUUCCAUCCCUACACCAGAUUCGAGGACUUCGCGGGAAGUUUCUCCUGGCAGAGGCAUUUCCGACCGCCUCGACCUCAAUGCUACGCCAGGGUCGCUUUUGGAAGACCCAAGUGGCAGUGGUUCUAUGCUGGAGAAUAGCCCCAACGAUGCGGUUGAGACCCCCGUCUCUGUUUUCGCUAAUACUCUUCUUGACUUCGGAUUGGUUUGCGGUCGACGCAUCGGACUACUUGAGGGGACCAAGAUUCUCGUCGAGACGCGGAUGAUGGACCUUAGGGAUGGAAUGGACAAGGCCUGGUUAAGCAUCAAAGAGGGCCGGAACUGCGAGAGAGGUUUCGAUGCUAUUGAGUCUGACCUCAAGCUACUGGCAGAGGCGAAACGUAACGUCGAUGAGGCUGUACAAGACGCCGAAAACGAGUUCCAAACCUAUCGUUUGGCUUUCAUUGACAAAGUUCAAGCAGCGAGCAGACAUCUGGCACAGGUUUAG